AUAAAACUUAAUGGUGUUUACAGCUGAUCAUAGAAAUGUUGGAGGAAUGCUCCAGAUCAACCAGAGGAUCCAGAGCCAUCAUUCCAACUUGAACAAGAUGAAAUCAACCAUCAAUACAAGGAUCAAGCCCAAGAAGAAUGUAGCUUAUAUGAAAAGUGUGAGGAAGAAUAAGUCUAAUAAGAUAAAGUAUACUAGCCAGUAUGACGAUAAAUACAUGGAUCAUCCAGAAUUUGAUGAAGUAAAAGAAACUUUUAAGAGAGCUUGUAAAGCUAAGACAAGAACUGACACUAAGAAGCCUAAGACAAUGAAGUUUCUAGGGACUUUUCUAAAGAAGAAGCCUUGAUAUAACUAUGAAUUGGAUCAACAUUACAGAAACUUAGCAAGCCUCCAUCAAAGACUUGGAGCUCUUGGCUCUCCUGAACAAAGGAAGAAGAACCCUUAUGACCCGAUCUCACAUCCCAGCUUAUUCUUUAGAAGAGUCGGUCAGGAUAAUAAAUCAACUAAUUUGGGAGGAUAUGAAAAGAAAGUUCAGGGAAAGUACAAGGUUAACAAAGCAGUCCAUGACCUAAACAAGGCUAUCAUCGAUAAUGACUACUACUUUAAUUUCAGGGAUAAGGCCUAUGAAGGAGCUAGCUAUUAUGACAUUGCAAGCCGUAGUGUCCAGAGGCCUUACUCAAGCAAACCCAUUAUAUUUCCCUCUAACUUGAACUCAUAUGCGCAAGAAGAUGUGGCAAUUCCUCAUGAAGAGUACCAACAGACACCUCUUAAGAGGCCAAGGACUGGGAAGAAUAGGAGUAUGUACUACGAGUACUCAGAGAAUUCUUACAGUUCAGGAAAGAAAACGAGAGCCAGAAGCAAAUCAGCCUCUUCUAGAAAGAGAAAAUCAAGAGCAAAGAAGAGAAAGAGCAGUGAGAAGCAAAAUUUAACUGAUCAAUUUGUUGAUGAUCAAGUCCCAAUGGACUCACAGGAAGAAGAGAAGCAGCAUAGAUUAGAGAUCCCAGUGAUUGCCCCUGCUGAGGAUGCAUUAGAGUUCCUCAAGUCCAAACUUUUCGAGAUUAUAAUCUCCCAAAGAUUGACUAAGAAGGAAGACUUGGAAUUUUUGUUUGAAGAGACAUAUAAAGCUAAUAUGUCUAAAACACUGAGCAGUCCUGCUAACAAGAAAGCAUACAAUACAAUGGUUGAUGAGAUUAAGGAUCAUAUUGGGUUUGAUGCAUAGAUAAUAAGCAAGAUUUGAUCUA